UCCCGAUUGGCUAAGUUAGCACCACGUGCUCUAUUUCAAAUAUCGUUCUUCGCUUUUCAAGUUAUUUCACAUAAACCUUCCGCCGGGCCGGUACUCGUUACAAGAAAAAAAUAGGAUUAGGAGAACGUAGUUCCUCAAGUGUGGAAGAUUUCUGGUUUAUGGACUGAGAAUUGCAAGCAGCGCUGCCAGGUUCGGUCGCCAAAGGCUGGAUUGAAGCUGGAACCCGGAGAUGGAAAGAAAACUAGCCGUAGGGUGCUGAGUGGCGGAGGGAUAUGUAGUUCGUCAUCAUUGCCGGUAGUUUGAAUGGAGAGCGCGAGGCAAAAGGCAAAGUAAUUGGAGGGCAUUGCAGCUGCGCCUGCCAGACCUGCUGCUGCUGCACUCCCCAAAGCUAAGGUGGCAAGUCCCACUGAACCCUGUGGACUGGUUUUUGGAGUAUGCAUGCCUAUAUAUACCUGAUAACUCGGGAUUAUCCUUCAUGCAUCUGAUGAAGUGUACUGUGGUCCACAAAAUCUUAUACUAUAACUUAAAAAAAAAAGUGCUGAAAGAUCCUUUGUUAUUAAAGCAGGCUUGUGGCUAUAAUCCGAAGCACACUUCCUGCAGGAGACUUCCAGCUUUGCAAUCACAUCAUGGUGUAGAUGUUGAAAACUGAAUUCAAAAUCAACAACGGAACGAUUAGCAACACAGAUGAUUCAAAAGCAAUGAAGAGUUUUCCAAUGGAAACCACAAGUAACAGGAAGGUGCUUUCUGAAUGUUCUAAUAUGCAGUUUGAUCUACAUUUGGGGCAUGAAGACUGCAUCAACAGUGCAAAGAAGACAGACUCUCGCCCUGCUAGCUGCUUAUCAAAUGUGCCAAUGGUAAACAUAUCUACAGAUGCUUUCUCCUUCUCAACCACGCUGAGCAAUGUGGAAAGCCCUUUGGUAGAGGCUCAGCCCUCCACCUUGGAGGAUGCAGGCUAUUUGACACCGAACAAGGGUGAGUCGGAAGCAAAACCACGUUAUGGAAUAUCGAACAACCAAGCUACACCACCUGUAGACUUUUCUGCUCUUACAGUGGCUGAUUUUGGGAUCACAACAGGAUCUUUUACUAAACAAUGUAAAGAGGACUCCAAGAGCUUGUUAACAAAAUUUAGACGACGGUCUACAAUUGGAUUGCGGGGUUCUCCAGAAAAUAAUUCUCUUAUUCGAUACAUUGCUUACCAAAAGAGAACAAAGAAGCAAGAUACUUUAUCUCAGGCCAGUCCUUUUAAAUGUCGGAACACUUUGCUAAAGGAUAAAAUAGCUGCCUUCCAGUCCUCCUUUAAGCCACUGGAAGAAACCAUGGAAGCAGCAAUCUAUACACCCGACAUCUCUAAGAAAACUGAUACAAGUCUGUAUGAGGAAUCUAAACUGGACAAAGCCUGGCCAUCAGAAUGUAAGAGAGUUCAUUUUGAAGAAAACCGAAAUCAGAAAUCCAUGAAUGGAGAGACCUCAGCGGAUACUCAUGCCCACAGUAUUGUGUAUCCAUCACAGAAACUUCUCACUGGCACUACUACGAUUUCUAAGAUCAUGCCAGUUUUGCUGGCAAGUACUAAGGGAUCUGGAUGCAUAGCUUUGGAAGCAUCUACAGGCAUACCGGAGAGUGCAUGUGGUAUCCAGUUUCAACCUGCCAGUGCAGAAUUAAGCAUCAAUGCUACAUCUCAUCAAAGCUGUAAGAAAGUUAGAUUUGCCGAAAAACAGAGGUUGGAAAUAUUUGACGAAACCAAGCCACCCAUUACCCCCAUACAAAAAGGACAGUUGCCCUCUAGUUCUCUUCAUUCUGUUCUGAAGAAAACAGCUAUAACUAUAUUAACUGAAGACAUGGAGAAACAUCUUGAUAAAAGGACAAAGGACAGAAGUGAUGUGCUACCAGACUUCAAAAUCUGUGAAUCACAGCAAAUAGAAAGAAGUACCAAACCAACAGACGAAAUGAAGGUAUGCAACAAAGAGCUAGACUCUGACUCUUUGUGUAGAUGUGGAGGAUCCUUGUUCAGUCCAUCAAAUUCAACAGAAAAAAGUUACCCUGGCAUAACUCCUGUCAAGCAAUCCUUGUCCCAACUAAACUUUUAUGAUGGUGACCUUCUUCAGCAGUCAACAGAGGUAGUAUCCACUACUGAAUGUGCUGUCAACUCUGAUCUGGAAGAAACGAAAAGUAGUUUUUCUGAACUCCAGGCUACUUCCGUUAGAAACACCCGGUCAUCUGCUAAAAGGAAGUGUGUCAAUAAAACAGAAGAAAUGGAUCUUACCCUCACAACCAAAACACGAGCCAAGUGUACUUCUAUUGCCAAAAUCAAAAACUCCACCAAAUUCCAAAAAGAAAAAACUACAACAAAAUCUUCUAAAAAGACAAUAGCUGCCAGACACAAGGUUUUUGGAAAGAGGAGAAGGAGAAAAAAGGAGCCAAAAGCAUUGUGUGGACAACGAGAGAAAGUUUCAAAGGAACCUCUCUUGAGCCCAAUUCCUGAGAUGACAGAAGAUUUCUCCUUUAUGUCAUUUUGCCAAAGCACACCCAAGUCAGAAAUUUCCAUGUUUGAUGAUUCCAGAUCUAGUGUCUUGGAUGCAAGAUCUAUGAAUGAAACUGCUGAAAACAAACAUGGUAUACAGCAUAGUAGUGAAAAGGACAACAGCUGCCUGCAUUCCAGCCUGGAUCUUGGGAAGGAAGAUGCUUUACCUGAUAACGUAUCAAGUUCCUCCUCACCACCUCAAGACAGUGCUAUGAAUGAUAUGAAAGAUACUCUUCCUUGGGACCCACUUGAAAAGAACUCUCCUGAGAAAUUGAAGAGCACCUUAAAUCAAAAAGAACAGGUGGUGAAAAGUGGCUUUUCUUCAAGCAAAACUGAUAGGCCAAAAGAGCUGGAGUUGCUAACCUUGCAUAUAGCUGGUGAAAAUAAGAGUAAAGGAGAUUUACUCCUCGUUGAAGGUUCUGCAACAGAGCCAAUGAGUGAAAGUGAUGUUGGUUUGAACUUUAAAAGGUUUCCAAGAAGGAGCAGAAGACUCGGCUGCUAUUUCUCAAAUGUUGAAGGCUCUGAAUCUGAAACACCUGGAAACAAUUCCAACGUUUCUAGAAAUACUAUGGAAGAACUACCUCUUACACCUUGGACAGUAAAUGACUCUGAAUCCUUAAACCAAUUACAGCAGUCUAUAGAGGAAUCUUUCAGGGGUGUAACCAGAAGUAAUCAGAAGAGGGUGAGACGAAGCAUGAGACGGCUUAAGGAUGCAGAAAACAAGGGGCUUGCCUGGAUCCAGAGGCCUGAGGAUAAUUUCAUAGGCCAAGCUCUUCUGGGUUCUGCCAGCAAAACUCUAAGACGAAUGUCCAACUCUAAUAAUCAAGAAUUGGAGCUGCUGCGUCCAAAGCAAGUCAGCAGGGACCAGAUGCUCUUGCCAAUGAAGGAAGAGCAGGAGAAAACUCAGGUUGUGACAGGCUCUUCUAAAUCAAGGAGGAAGAGCACUAGCGUGUUGAAUCUUGAACAUAAAAAUGCCAUCUCGCCCAUCCAGAGAAACAGAAGAGCGAGCCUUGGCUACAAAAGUGAUCACAGCUACCGCAAAGAUCCCAAAAUCAGAAAAUUCUUAGAGAAUCAAACUGCAGCCCAUUUUGAAAGGGACUGUAUCCUGGAUAUAUCAGAAGAGGGCAGUAUGGCAUGACUUUUACAAAUGAGCAUGUUUUUAUAAGGUUGCCUUUGCUUUUGUGAAAAGCACUGUAUAGCAGUCUUUAAAAAAUAUAUUUCCAACACGACUUAAAGAUCUAUCUGAAAUGAGUCUUGUCUUUAGAUCUUUUAAAAGCAGCGGGAUUUAGUUGCAACUAACUUUUCCUAGAUUGGAAGCGUUUUGGUUUCAAAAAGAGAAAUACAAGUACAUGGUUAACUUACUGGAAAUGUUAAAAGGACUUGAUUUGAGCUGCAUUGUGUUCUGGGUAAUGUAAUCCAAAUGUUCAAAAGUUAGCUAAACCAUCAAUUUCUUUCAGUUCUGUUAACUGAAACAGAGAAGGAUUAAACGGGUCCUUAAUGUCUUUUUGAUUGAAUUACUUGUUAUUGUAGAUGAAACUAGUCCAACAUCACUGUGCUUCUCAUGAAGCAAUGUCAUAGUGCUUAUUCUUCCAGCAUGGUGUUUUACAGAUGCUUCUCAUUUUCUCACAAGAACCUUGCAAAGUUAUUUAUAUGUGGAAGAUUUUUAAAAUAUAUAUGGGGAGUUUCUCAAAAGGGAUUGAAACGCUUCCAAGUGUCAUUCUGCAGCAUUUUAAGGAUUCUUCACUGUGCUUUGAGGGCUCCUCUAAAACUCAGUUUUCUUCUAUCUCGUGUCUGUCUUUGCACAUGCAUAGCAAUUUCCCUUCUUGUAAUACACAGUAUUGUUAUAUAUGAAGAAUAUCAAUCUGUAUAAGCUUAACAUUUUAGUUUUUAAAGGCUUGGUAGAAAAUUAUCCUUGUAUUUUUAAUUAAUUAAAGAGAAUGUGUCUGAAAGAAUGUGUAUUAGUUUAAAUGUGUAGAGUUGAUAUCUGCAAUACUUUUUUAUUUUUCAUAAUGCCAUUGUGAAAUUAUAAUAGACUGGAACCUCAAUCUCAUUCUUACCCUACAGCUGUUGUGGUGCAAACUGUAGUGGCUACAGUGAUACCCUGAACAAGGUGAGCGAAGCACAGAGGAUAUUGUCCUUCUUGUCUAUAAAUAAAGGGGGCAAGUCAGUAGUUGCACCCUAAAGUCAGGAAGGUUUGGGGGCAAUUAUGGCAGCCUGGGUGAUGCAUGGCAGUUUCUGUUCCCUCCUGGUCCUCUGUGCCUCCCCCACCCCACCCAUAAUCCUCUGCACCAUCCAAGUGCACUGUUUGAUUACAUUGUUGCACAAGUGUCUGCUACAAUUCUGUCACGUUUCAGCCUAGGAAAGAGGUAAAAUGGGUUGCCUGUUCCUGAAUCGGCUUCAGCCUCAUGGGAGCUUCUGGUCUUUCCAGAUCCACUACGGAAGCACAGCUUAAAAUGCCCAUCGGUGUGCGAUCAGAUCAGUAGUGUGAGGUAUAGCAGAUCUGUCUUGGAAUUGUGUGCCUAGGCUGUAGGGUCCUAGAAGGUCAGUAAUAUCGUAACCUACAAUUUUUAAAAGGCAGUGCAAAAGUUAUUUUUUUAAAAAAGCCUUCCAAGGUUUCUUAUAUUACUGUUUUGAUUUUUUUCCCCCAGUUCAGGACUAUCUGAAGUAAUUUUUUUAAGGUGGUUAUAGUUCCUAUAUAUUUUAAUUGUGUGUGUUAAAUGGAGGUUGGCUUACAAAAAUAUCAAGACAAUAAAAGCAGUCUAGAGCAUUUAUUGCUACC